AUGCUUCGCGUAUUUUCUGGCCUUGCUGGCUCAAGUAAGAGUGCUGUGACUGCUACUCGCGUCCUCAGGAAGUCCUCGGAGUCCUACACUUGGCUUCAACAUGCGCACGCGAGGUCCUAUACCUCUAGUCCUCAGGCAGCUCAACCGGCCGUGAAGCCCAAGUCCCAGACACCCCUUCGACGAUCCGCACCAUCUGCGUCUCUGCCUAUCCGAGAGAAUCCCAAGCCGACGCGCAGCGAGAUUCAGCCUAUAUCGACUUUAGCAACGGCGGAAAGAUACAUGAUCAUGUCUCUGCAUCUGCGCUUGUCGAAUGCACAACUACUACACGACGCGCUUUGGGUUCCGAAGUGGAAGGCGAACGGGUCGGACCGGGAGGGAGAGCUGUUCAUCUUCGAGAACGGUAGUUUCGUGGGAUGGGGGUUGACAGAGGAGGACGUGCAACUAUUCCGGAAAGAGGUAUUGGCUUCGUCGGGGGUAGAGAUUCUGCCUCUGGCGGAACCAGAGACGGAGGAGCUCGAGUUCGUCACGGACCCAGAAGAAGCUACACGUCUGCAGGGCGACCUGGUCAUCCUCGGCAAACAACCUGCACCCAGCGAUCCGGAAACGACACCCGCGCCGAUGCCUGCCUCUGCUCUUCCAGCCGAGACGGUACUUGCCCGUUACGCCUUCUCUCAGGCCCUUUCAAGGUCAACGGCGCUUUCCGUUCUCGAAGUCAGGCUAGAAGAGCAUCUGACCUCCAUGUCCGGCCUCCCAUCCGUACUGCAAAAGACCGGCCGUCCCGGCAUGAACCGCCGCGCUCUCAUCCGCAAGCUCGGCGAGCUCCUCAAGUUCAGGCAAGGCUUGAACUUGAACCGCGGCAACUUCUUCGAUACACCCGACUUCUACUGGGCUGAGCCCGUUCUUGAGCGUUAUUUCAACUCAUUGAGUAACGCUCUGGAGGUUAAAAUGCGUAUCCGUGGUGUCAAUGAGAAGAUCACGUAUGCCGCUGAGAUGCAAUCUGUCCUUCGCCAGUUGCUCACCGAGACGUCUGCCGCCCGAAUGGAGAUCAUCAUCAUCCUACUCAUCGCCGUCGAAGUUGUCAUCGUCCUUGUGCGCGACGUUCCGGAGUUCUUCGAGGAGAAGAAGGAAGAAGAGCGCAUUCGUGAAACCCUUGCUUAA